AUGGCGCCUUCUAACUCGUUAGUCGCUAAGCUCAAGGUACAGCUCAAGCUGUCGAUAUCGCGACUGCGCAUGGUACAGCAGAAAGAUAGCGCAAAGGUCAAGCAACAGAGGAGAGAAAUGGCUCAACUCAUCGAGAGCGGUAAAGUGCAAUCUGCGAGAAUACGCGUCGAGAACAUCAUCCGGACCGACAUCACCACCGAGCUGCAUGAGAUUCUCGAACUCUAUUGCGAACUUCUUCUUGCGCGCUCCCAACUCCUCGAAUCCCAAGUAUCGUCUUCAAAUACCACCACCGCCGCCUCUUCGUCAACGCUGCUCGACCCCGCGCUAGAAGAAGCCGUGCGCAGCAUAAUAUACGCCGCCCCGCGCACAGAGAUUAAAGAGCUACAGACUGUACGAGCGCUGCUGGUAGACAAGUUUGGCAAAGAUGUGGCCGUUGCGAGUAUGGAGGGAGAAGGCGUCGCGGAGCGAGUGGUGAAGAAAUUGAGAGUCGAAACACCCAAGCCCGAGUUGGUCGAAGCAUACAUGACAGAGAUUGCGAGGUUCUAUGGCGUACCAUAUGGUACAUCCAAGAGCGAAGACGAGGCCGACGACGAUGACGACGAGCCCUCAGGUGGCGUAGCAGAGUUGGAAGAGCCCUUGACAGCCGACGACGCCGACCCCAGCAAAAGCAAGAAGGCGGAAGAGCGAGAGGCCCUAGCCAAUGCUACAACACCAAAGAAGCUCGGCCCACAAAGCCCGCUAAGAGUCGUCCCUCCAAGUCCCAGCACAGAUAAUGUUGCACCGAGGUUAAAGCUGCCGGGCAGUGCGGCGGCGAAAAUUGCAAAGAGUGAUGCGAGCGCCAAGAAGCCAGCCAAGAAAGAGGAUGGUUUGGGCAAAAUACCAGACGUUGAUGAGCUUUCGAGGCGGUUUGCAGAGCUCAAGAGGUAA